AUGUCGAAUCUUAUUGAACCUGAUAUAUUAUCAAUAGCAUUUAAAAAAUUUGCUAUUGCAUUAGUAAAUAAUCUUCGUCUUAGAUUUCUGGAUACUGGAAUUUAUAAUACUAUGAAAAUUUUUGAUUUUUCUCAAAUUCCAACAAAGUCAAAUGAAAUAGCAAUAUAUGGUGAACAUGAAAUCAAAAUAUUAG